GAACCAUUAAGCACAACGGAACCGUAACAUUGCGUUACUAUCUGUCUCUCUUGUUUUGUUGUGCCUUCCAAACGAAGUUUCCUUCCUUCUCUCUUCCUCAUCCACUUCAAUCCCCUGCGCUCACGCCUACGAUACCACCAUAUUCACUUCCCACUCCAAAAACUAAACAAAACCAUUUUUAUUAUUUUUUUUAAUCAAUUAACCUUAAAUCACACCUUUCUCAUAUUCUGUAUUAUUUUUUACUUCUAACUAUUCAAUUUAUUUUAAGUUUUUCGAAUUGAACAAAAACAUAAUUUAAAAUUGAGAAUUUCUCAAUCCAAAAUUCAGAAGAGACUGGUUGUUACGUUGUUUCUUCUUCAUCCACCAUUAACACCGUUACAUUCGAUCACUACCUAAUUCAUAUUCAUCUCAAUUUCUUGCUUCGCUCCAAUUUUUAGGGUUUAUCAUAUUUUAUAUGUUAUUAUUAUUAUUAUUAUUCAAUUAAAUUAAAUGGCUGCCACCGGCGACGUUGAUGCCGAUGCGGUGCUCAGCGACGUCGAGGACGAAGGCGGCGAUCCGAUUCCGAUUGCAUCAAAUUCUCCGUCACCAGAUGACGUGUCCGUUGAGAAAUUUCGCGAGAUUCUCGCCGAGCUUGAUCGGGAAAAGGAAGCGCGUCUUGCCGCCGAGAAAGCGAAAUCGGAGUUACAGACUUCGUUUAAUCGAUUGAAAGUUCUUGCUCAGGAGGCUAUACGGAAGCGCGAUGAGUUCGGUCGGUUGCGUGAUGAUGCUGUUAGGGAGAAGGAAGAGAUGGCGAAGCAGGUAGAAGAGGCUGCUAAGGAGCGUCAAUCAUUGCGAUCGGAGAUUGAGAAAUCGAGUCAUAUGAUGGUUACUGGAAUUGAGAAGAUCUCUGCUAAAGUGAAUGGUUUUGGUGGCAACGGUAGUCAGUUGCCACGGUCGCAGAAAUAUACCGGUAUGGCGGCUGUGACUUACGGUGUUAUAAAGAGAGCGAAUGAGAUUGUUGAAGAGUUGUUGAAACAGAAUGAUGCAAGUGUUAAGUCUAGGGAUCAAGCUAGGGAACAGAUUGAACAGAGGAAUUAUGAAAUUGCCAUUGAGGUUUCUCAAUUGGAAGCAACAAUCAGUAAUUUGAGGGAUGAGGUUGCCAAGAAAACCUCAGUUGUUGAGGGUUUGGAGAGGGAUUUGGUUGUUAGGGAUCAGAAGUUGAAUGAGGUUUCUGAGAGUUUAAGGAAAGAAGAGAGUAAGGGUUUGGAAUUGAAAGAGUAUGUUAAUGAAUGUGAGGACAAGUUGAGUAAGUUGGAAUCCAAUAUGGAAUCGUUGAGGCCUUUGUUGAUUGAUCAGUUGAGUUUUGUGUCAAAGAUUCAUAACCAGAUUUGCAGUGUUUUUAAGAUUGUUGAUGAUGCGGGUAACUCGGAGCUUUCAGAAUCGUUGUUUGUUCCGCAAGAAACAGACAUUGAAGAGAAUGUGCGUGCCUCUUUGGCUGGGAUGGAAUCCAUACAUGAAUUGACCAGGGUUGUUGUUCAAAAAGUUAGGGAUGUGGUUGAGGAGAAGAAUCGCGAGAUCAAGAGUUUAGAUGAGACUGUGAAUAGGUUAGUUAAGGAAAAGGAUCAAAUUGGUUCAUUGCUUAGGAGUGCUUUGUCAAAGAGGAUGGCAUCUGAUCCGUCAUCUAAGAAAAGUGAGGUGUUUUUAGCUGCGGAAAAUGGUUUGAGGGAGGCUGGGAUAGAUUUCAAAUUUAGUAAGCUUCUUGGUGAUGGAAAGGUUACAGAAUCAAAUGACAACUCAAACAAAUCUGAAAAAGACGAGGAGGAUGAAAUAUAUUCUUUGGCUGGUGCUUUGGAGGAUGUUGUUAAGGCAUCACAGCUUGAGAUCAUUGAACUGCAGCACACUGUGAAUGAAUUAAGGGCAGAGUUGAGUUUACUUAAGCAGCACAUCGAAGCCCAGACCAAAGAACUCGACCAUAGAAUGCACCGGGUAGAGGAACUUGAAGAGAAGGAAAGAGUGGCAAAUGAAAACAUUGAGGGCCUAAUGAUGGACAUUGCUGCUGCUGAAGAAGAAAUUAACAGAUGGAAAGUGGCAGCAGAACAAGAAGCUGCUGCAGGCAGAGGUGUUGAACAAGAAUUUGUAGCACAGUUGUCAACGCUUAAGCAGGAACUUGAAGAGGCAAAGCAAUCCAUGUUGGAAUUAGAGAAAAAAUUGAAAUUCAAAGAAGAGACAGCAGCUGCUGCGAUGGCAGCCAGAGACGCAGCAGAGAAAUCUCUCAAGUUAGCGGACUUGAGGUCUUCUAGACUAAGGGACAGAGUGGAGGAGCUCACUCACCAGCUAGAAGAGUUUGAGAACAGAGAAGACUCAAGGGGACGAAAUAGGCCUAGAUAUGUAUGCUGGCCAUGGCAGUGGCUCGGCCUGGACUUUGUUGGAAUUCCACCACGGUCUAACACACAACAGCAAACAGCAUCUAACGAAAUGGAGCUUUCCGAACCUCUCUUAUAAUUGGACAUUUUCUUUUCCUUUUUCUACCCUCUUGUGUAUUCAUGUUUGAUUUCUUCAAUUUUAUGUCACAGAAUGGUAGUGAAUAGUUUCGACCCGUUCCACCAUUUCUUAAUUUAGCAACGGUGUUGUUGGUCCGACCAUUGUCAUGUUGCAGCAGCGUUUGGCUCGGGUAACUUAUUAUUGCAAUAUGAUAAUCCUGUACAUUCCUUUCAUGGAAGCAUUCCACAUAUAAUGUCGUUACAUUAAUGCAAAAGAGUAGUCCAUACAUUGGUUGUGUUUUCAAUGAAA